GCAGCGCUUGGGACGUCACGGACUCUGCUCUCUGCGAUUUGAAGGAGGUCCUGCUCCGGGCCCAAGGGCUCUUCGCCAGGCUUAGGGCCUUGGGCCUCCUGGCUGCAGGCGCAGCCGUGGAGGAAGCGAUCCAGGAGUUGUACAUUGCUGGUGGCUGCCCAAAGCAAGUGGGCCCGGAGGUGUUUGAAGAGGCCUUUGGAGAAAGUGGGCAGGCAUUGCUCGCACGCCUCGAGGAGACGCUAGAUGAUGAGGCCGCCACGAAGCUAGUCCAUGAGGCCUACAAGGACAUUCGCCCGGAAAGCGGGCUGGCUCUCUUCCUGCUGGGCCGGUUCAGCUGA